AUGCCCCGCUUUAAUCGACGGGAGCAGCUCCCGCUCCAUAUCAAGCGCGCUAUUUGCGCGCACCACGUCGACAACCCCCGCCUGCGUCAUGUUGACCUGGCGAUGUGGUGUUACUCGCAGUACAGAUUGCGCCCGGAUCGCUCCACUGUCGGCCGCAUAUUGAAGAGCGCCGAGCGAUGGGCUGUCACGGCACCCGGCGACAACCAAGUGCGCCGUCGAGGUGGCGCAUGGCCUGAGCUGGAGCAGGCCAUGGCGCGGUGGAUCGCAAACGCAGGGCCCGCUGGCGUGCCUCUGACGCUGCAGACCAUCCGCGACCAUGUCGCAACGAUGGCACGGAACAUGGGCAUUCCGCCCACAUUCCGCUGCUCCAUCGGCUGGACGGCGCACUGGCUGUCCGUGCUCCCUCGGCGCACGUACACCAACGGCCGCAUUCCCGGCCGCAAAUUAUUCACACAUUUCAUAUCACAACUCGAUGGUGCGAUGUACGUCGAAGGUCGCAAGAUCGUGGUGCUGCUCAACAACGCGAGCAACCACAUGCUCCGCUUAGAGCUCGCAUGGAGCGAGAUCGUCUGCGGCAUGCGGACGACCUGCAUGAGCAACGUGCGGCUGGUCUUCCUGCCGCCGAAUACCACCGCAUUCACACAGCCGCUCGAUCAAGGCAUCAUCGCCACCGCAAAGGCCCGCUACCGACAGCAUUGGCUGCGGGCCUUCUUGGCUUUGUGGAACGCCGACGGUGCGACUUCCGCCGUCGCGCGUUUCCGCACGAACUUGCGCGAUGUCCUCGCGUGGCUGUCGGAAGCGUGGACCUCCGUCGGCGCGCGCACCAUUCAACGGUGCUGGUGGGGCACGGGGUGUCUGCCGCUCUCAUGGUCCGUGGAGAUGACGCAUGUACACGACGACGAACCCACCCCCGCUCUCUACCCCGACAUCGAGCUCGACGAGGACAUCGACGAUGUCAGGACGCUCAUUAGCGGGCUCGCACUCGGGAAUGCGGCGAUGACGGCCGCAGAGUACGUCGCCAUCGACAACGACGAGCCAACGUCGGCCGAGGGCGCUGCGGAACAGCCUACGACUAAGCCGGAGGCGGGCCUGGAGGUGGAGCUCUGGCAGGCGCCGACGACCAUGCAAGCCGUCCACGACGACGCCGACCCCGUGGGACGCGAAGCGCGGCGCACUGCCCGGGCGGCAUGCGAGAUGCUCAUCGGAUAUGCACGGGCCACCCGCAUCACGCCGUGCGAUCUGUGCCAUCUGUUCGAUAUCCGCAACCCCAUCAUAAUCGCGCGGAUGGAGCGAGCGAACCCGUCGUUCAACCUCAACGUGGCGCCUCAGCCCGUACCCUCCCCGAGCGCAACUCCCACGCCCGAGACCCCUCGUCCGCGCGGCCGUGCGCUGCCCGGCUGGAUGACCCGUCUGUCUCGCCGUCGGCAGCUGCUUGACGCCGGUGUGGGCGCCGUGAUGGACGGGUAUUGUCAGAAUAUUAUAGCUUACUUAUUUGUGUAG